CAAAUCAAUACCAGAUUUUCUCAAGCCGCCAAAACCGACACAUUGGUCUCAGUAAAGGAUAUUUGCCUCCCUUUCCUUUUUUAUUACGAAAAUCAUGUCUGCGAUACAUUCUCAUCUUGAGCACAUAUCCCUUUGUGCUUCAGCAAUAGGGGAGCUCCCAUUUCCAGAACCCAAGAUCUUUACAAACGCGUUACUGCACCCUCACGAUAUUACUGCAUUGAUUCGUGAUACCGAAGCUCAUGAACGGGCCCUCUUCUCAGUUCCUUCGCCCUCCUCUCCGCCAAGGGCUCGAGAUCCCAGUCUGGGUUCCAGAAGAACAACCGUUCUCAAUAACGCAGAUGAGCUGCCUGGAGGAGGACUGAAUGCUACGAGAGCUCCGCGUAGAAACACAGCGGUUGCCGCUGUACUUGGGGGUGAUCUUGUCGAGCAGAUCCGCCGAGGAGGUGGUGGAGGAGUGGGCUCAGGUCUAGGCUACGACUAUUCUGGGGGCAGAGAAAGGUCAGAAGUCAAUGUUGACGUGCUUCUCAAAGGCGCGGAGAAACUAUGCAGCGUGUACCCGAUUCCUGGUGCCGCUGAGAAAAUUAUAUCCCUUCGAGAGAGACAUGCACAAUUGCGUUCUUCGAUCGCGCACUAUGAGGCGCAAGUAGCAAGUCAGGCCGCACAGCUUGAGAAGCUAAAUCGAGCUCAUGCACUGGAUGAAGACAUGGAAUUCUCCGAUGAGCCCAUCUCGGAAGCCGCAUUGCCAUCGGAAGACUUUAUGCUCACUGAGGAUGAAAUGCGACAGGAGGAGCAGGAAAUACGAGAAUUGGAAAGGAAGCGGCAUGGCUUGGAAGACAGAGUCAGCGGAAUGGCCAGAGAUCUUGGUGGGCUUCUGCGUUGACAAAGGGUGUGGCCUUGUCUCCUAUGUCCUCGAAAUCUUUUCUCCAAAGUCCGAUAAAGCUCACGGAAAGGGUCUUUUUGCCAGGCGUGGAGACUAUGUAAUGUUUACCUUGGAAGACCUUAUCUGGCUUUUCAUAAAGGGUGAAUUUUCACUACUUCAUCA